CGGAACAACAAAAAAAAAGUGGAUUUCGUCUCCAAAUCCACGUACUUCUAUUGACAUCAUCAAAAACUUCUGUAUUUUUAAGGAAAAAUGAGGGUUUUAGGGUUUAUAUUGGUCUUAAUUUACGGUAUAGUUCUUAUACAGACCUCAGAUGGACAACGAAGUCGGAAAGAGCCUGGACAGACAUCUCUCAAUGAGAAGGUGCAGCAAUUGUUGGACAUGUCAGGCAAGCGGGCAUUAAUGCGCUUCAAUGGGAACAAAUUUAGAGACUUUAUUAAAGCGACCCCUAGGAAUUAUUCUAUGGUGGUCAUGUUCACUGCGUUAGCCCCUCAACGCCAGUGCUCAAUUUGCAGACAUGCUCAUGAUGAGUUUCAAAUCCUGGCAACAUCAUUCCGGUAUGCGCACAUGUCCUCAAGCCGUUUGUUCUUUGCUAUGAUUGACUUUGACGAAGGCUCUGACAUAUUUCAGAUGAUGCGAUUGAACACUGCUCCUGUGUUCAUUCACUUCCCUGCCAAAGGGAAGCCCAAGGCAGCAGACACCCUUGAUAUACAGCGUGUGGGAUUCAGUGCAGAUGCCAUAGGCAAAUGGAUUUCAGAGAGAACCGAUGUUGCUAUUCGCAUUUUCCGGCCUCCCAAUUAUUCUGGCACAAUGGCUUGCAUACUAUUGCUGGUGCUUGUCGCUACCUUCCUGUAUGUCCGCCGGAACAACCUCGACUUCUUGUACAAUAAGACUGGAUGGGCCCUGAUGGCUUCGGUGUUUUGCUUUGCUAUGGUCUCAGGUCAGAUGUGGAAUCACAUCCGAACUCCUCCAUUCGUCCACAAGACGCCAUCAGGCGGUGUUGCCUACAUUCAUGGUUCUUCUCAGGGACAAUUUGUUCUAGAAACUUACAUUAUCUUUUUCCUGAACGCAGCUGUCUCUCUUGGAAUGAUCCUUAUUACUGAAGGUGCUGCUCGAAGAGGAGAUGUCAAGAAAAGGCGCAUUGUAGUUAUUGUGGGUCUUGCUCUUUUUGUUGUUUUCUUCAGCAGUAUUUUGUCCAUAUUCCGUGGCAAGGCACAUGGAUAUCCGUAUAGCUUCCUGUUUAAGUAGUCAAUGAAAUGAAAUCCCCAUGCAUCUGCAGCAGUUCCAAAAAUAAUGAAGAAAAUCUGAAAAUUUUGCUGAUGCAUGCCCCUACCAAGGAAAUGUGCAAUCUGUGUAUGAGCUUAGUUUUAAAUUUUGUAAUGUUGUUGGUUGUUUAAUUAAGUAUGUUUUCCUUUCUCAAUAUUUUUGGAGGAGUGUUAAUAUUAUCUUUGCACUUUGUGUGAUUGUGAUAAACCACUUCCCUUGUUGUUAAUGUUUUACUUCCUGCGCACUGAUGCAAGGUGCAACAUUUGAUAAACUUUUUAAAAGUGCUUUGACCCUUUUUUACUUUCACAUUAGCUAAUUUAUAAAAGUAAAAAAGCAGAAAAAAAAUAGAGUACAAAAUAAGCAUAAUAAAAAUAUGACAGUUUCAACUAAGGAACAACUACCGAAUUGCCACUAUAUUAUAUAGAUCAUAAUAUAAAUGGAAUUAUUGCUUUUCUCAUCUUUGGAUAUUCUUUAAAUUUCUCUUGAUACCACCAAUGUGUAAGAAAUGCAUUCUCAACCUGCAAUCAAUAGAAUUGUUAUCCUAUGAUUCAGAAUGAAAUUUCACUCAAGGACAAAAUAAAGGACAAAAUAAUGGACUCAUAA